AUGCGUUCAUUCACUGAGUCAAUCGAGUGCGAUCUACCGCCUGCUCCCGAGUUGCCUCCUCAACUUGACAUCGACCGACUCUCAAUGAAGACCAGUGACACUAACGAAACCAUCAUCGAGGUGGUGAAACCCACAACUGCAACUGUCGAUCCAUCACUGGGGGAAACACAAAAGUAUAAAAUGUCUGUCCCAGGUCCAGGGCACUCAGAACAGGAACACGAACUACAUAAAAGCCUUUUGAACGAUGACAAUGAUCUCGAUUCGGAAGUUGAAAGCACGUGUUCUGCAGUUCAGCUUGACAGGCCGGUAGGAGUUCCGUCAGCAUUUACAAAAUAUGUACAGGUGCUGUUGCAUAUUCGUAUUGUGGUCAAUUCGCACAUAGAAGAUAUGGUUACUUAG